AUGGGGGAAUCGCAGUACAGAGACCCUCAGCCUCGCUCAGCCCGGGCACGUCGCCAUGCCGGUCCCGGGCUCGCGCUCCCACGAACACUCCGUCCGGAACCAACGUGCGAGGCAAAUGGGGCAGGGGGAGCGAGGCCGGAAACGGACCGCGGGUCGGAAGUGACGCGAGACCCCUCGAGUUUGCUCCGCCCGGUCCCUGCGGUGGGCGCUGUCAUGGCGCACAUCACUAUCAACCAGUACCUGCAGCAGGUAUACGAAGCAAUAGACACCAGAGAUGGGGAAUCCUGUGCAGAGUUGGUGUCUUUCAAGCACCCCCAUGUUGCCAACCCACGGCUUCAGUUGGCCUCUCCGGAAGACAAGUGUCAACAAGUUUUGGAACCCCCUUAUGAUGAAAUGUUUGCAGCUCAUUUAAGGUGCACCUAUGCGGUGGGGAACCACGACUUCAUAGAGGCAUACAAGUGCCAGACUGUCAUCGUCCAAUCAUUCCUGCGGGCAUUUCAGGCCCACAAAGAAGAAAACUGGGCUCUACCUGUUAUGUAUGCAGUAGCACUUGACCUUCGAGUAUUUGCCAAUAAUGCAGAUCAGCAGUUGGUUAAGAAAGGAAAAGGCAAAGUUGGGGACAUGCUAGAAAAAGCAGCUGAACUGUUGAUGAGCUGUUUCCGCGUCUGUGCCAGCGACACUCGUGCUGGUAUAGAGGAUUCUAAGAAGUGGGGGAUGCUGUUUCUGGUGAAUCAGUUAUUCAAGAUCUACUUUAAGAUCAACAAACUCCAUUUGUGUAAACCUCUCAUCAGAGCCAUUGACAGCUCGAACCUGAAAGACGAUUACAGCACAGCACAGAGGGUGACGUACAGGUACUAUGUUGGGCGCAAGGCCAUGUUCGAUAGUGACUUUAAGCAAGCGGAGGAGUACCUGUCCUUUGCUUUUGAGCACUGCCACCGUUUAAGUCAGAAGAACAAAAGGAUGAUUCUGAUAUAUUUACUGCCAGUGAAAAUGCUAUUGGGUCAUAUGCCAACCAUUGAGCUUUUGAAAAAGUAUCAUCUCAUGCAGUUUGCCGAAGUAACCAAAGCUGUAAGCGAAGGCAACCUCCUCCUCCUGAACGAGGCCCUGACGAAGCACGAGACCUUCUUCAUUCGCUGUGGCAUCUUCCUCAUCCUUGAGAAGCUAAAGAUCAUUACCUACAGGAAUCUUUUUAAAAAAGUGUACUUGCUACUCAAAACACACCAGUUGUCUCUGGAUGCUUUUCUAGUUGCCUUGAAAUUCAUGCAAGUGGAAGACGUGGACAUCGACGAAGUCCAGUGUAUUUUGGCCAACCUGAUAUACAUGGGUCACAUCAAAGGCUAUAUAUCACACCAGCAUCAGAAGCUAGUGGUUAGCAAGCAAAACCCAUUUCCUCCGCUGUCUACGGUGUGUUGAACAUGUAAACAGUCCUGAGAAGGAGUGUGUUCCUCUAGUUUUUAUCAUACUGAUGAACUCAGUACUUGGCCGUGAUGUUAUUUUCUACAGCAGGAAUUUCUCUGGGGCUCUUUUCCCAGGGAUGUUGAGUCUGUGUUUGCCGGCAUACACAGAUGCCUUGAAGUUCCCUCAUCACUGAACUAACGUCAACCUCACAGAGACUUGGAAUUCCUUUUUCAGACGUAGCAGACACCUCCUUUGGCUCUGGAGUGUUGCUGAAACCUCUGUGAAGGAGGCUCUGUCCCCAAGGCAGCUACAGUUUACUUCUCAUAAGAGUUAUUCAUAAAUACAUCUUUGUAACUUUUUAUAUUAUUUGUUCUAUAAAAAAGGCUUUCCGAAUUUA